UAUUAAUAACCUUAUUAAUGAUACUGGUACUCCAUAGAUAUUUACACGUUACUUAAAUGGUGACCAUCUACAUGCAUAUUUACUGGGAUUUAAUGCUGUCUAUGCCCGGGGCGUCUCUCCUGUGACCAGACGUUGUCCUCCUCUGUGUCUCUGUCUCUUCCUGAGGCGUGUGAUGGGCGACUGGAGUUCCCUGGGGAAGCUGUUGGAGAAUGCCCAGGAGCACUCAACCGUAGUGGGCAAGGUCUGGCUGUCCGUCCUCUUCAUCUUCCGCAUCCUGGUGCUGGGUGCGGCGGCGGAGAAGGUGUGGGGCGACGAGCAGUCCGGCUUCACCUGCGACACCAAGCAGCCCGGCUGCCAGAACGUGUGCUACGACAAGACCUUCCCCAUCUCGCACAUCCGCUUCUGGGUCAUGCAGAUCAUCUUCGUGUCCGUGCCCACGCUCAUCUACCUGGGCCAUAUCCUCCACCUGGUGCGGAUGGAGGAGAAGCAGAAGCAGGCAGAGCAGGACCAUGCCUCCGCCUCCGCCGACAAGCAGGCGCUGCUCGGCGGGAAGGUCCGGAAGGCUCCGGUCCGCGACGAGUGGGGGAAGAUCCGCCUGCAGGGGGCGCUACUGCGCACGUACGUGCUAAACAUCAUCUUCAAGACGUUGCUGGAGGUGGCCUUCCUGCUGGCCCAGUACUUCCUGUACGGCUUCGAGCUGAAGCCCAUGUACACGUGUAGCAGCUGGCCUUGCCCGAACACGGUCAACUGCUACAUCUCACGCCCCACCGAGAAGACCGUCUUCAUCCUGUUCAUGCUGGCCGUGGCGUGCGUCUCGCUCCUGCUCAAUCUGGUGGAGAUGUAUCACCUGGGCUUCACCAAGUGCCGCCAGGGCCUGAGGUAUCGCCGGUCCCGCUCGCUCUCCGACUCCAAAGCCCCCAGCGAGGAAGCCGUGGUGCCCUUCGUGGCGGGUUACCCAUACUUCCCCGCCCACGCCCCGCCCCCUGCCCCCUACCCGCCUGAGCACCAGUACAAGCUGACGGAGCCCGGCGGGGCCUUCCCCACCCUCGGUGGCCGCUCCGCCCACAGCCAGAACCGGGAGAACCUCGCCGUGGAGUGUGGCGGCAAGACAGACACCCUGGAGACCAAGCCUGUCAGCAUGGAAACCAGAUCCGACCCCGCCGAAAACCGGGUAAAGAAAACCUCUUGCUCUGCCCCUGGUUCCCCGUACAAUCAACGAAGACCGAGCCACGGUAGUCGCUAUAGCAACAACAAGACCAGACUAGACGACCUGAAAAUCUGA